CCACUCAAUGUACCAAGGUCCUUCCAUUCGCACAGUUCCGUUUGUCAACUCACGGAUUGCUACUAUAGAACGGCAAUAAAUGACUAGCGCUGGAUGAAACAGCCUGUCUAAGAAAAAUCUGUCUUUCGUGCGGCUCGCGUGAUGCUCGGUUGCUAGAGGUCUGCCACGACCCGUCUGGCAGCUGCCGUCUCGCUUCGCGAACCACCGUCGCCUCGUUUCGCGAACCACCGGCGCCAUGGGUCGCAGCAGCCAUUAGGGUAACGGUGGGCGGCAGACGGGUCAGCUUAGCGCUGCUUCGCGAGAGCGAGGGCAGAAGAGGCUAAUCGGUAGGGUAGCGGUGGCGACAGACCGGCGGGCCAGCUUAGCCCUUCGCAACAGCUAGGGAAGAAGCAGCCAAUCGAUAGUAGGGUACCGGUGGGCGGCAGUCGGGCGGGUCAGCUCAGCCCGGCUUCGCGAGAGCGAGGGCAGGAGCAUAGCCAUGGCUCAGAUGGUCCUGCUCGAUAACUCCCUCAUAGAUCUCGCCUCCCUCAGAGCACACGCCAGUCAACGCCUCGUGGACGCCCUUGACUCGGUGCCAGGAGGCAAGGCGUUGGUGCUGGACGCGUCUGUCAGCGGCCCCUUAGCCUUCAUUGCCCCCAUCUCUCUGCUCAAGGAACACGGAGUGGAGAAUCUGUUCCACAUCACCGCUGACCCCAUCCAAUCACAGUGCUCCACAAUUCUUUAUCUCCUGCGCCCUAAUCCUCAUUUGAUUCGAUGGAUUACACGCCAGGUGCGGGCGGAUGAGGACGAGGGCGUCAGUCGCAGCUACUCGCUCUACUUCAUUCCCCGAUGCGACACAAUCUGCAACAGGAUUCUUGAGCAAGAGGGGCUGGUGGAUGACCCUCGAGUGGCGGUGGGCGAGUAUCCUCUCGAGCUCAUUCCCAUGGACCAUGACCUACUCACACUGGACCUCCAUACCCUUUAUAAGGACGUCCAUGUGGACUCAGACCCCACCUCCACGUUGCAAGUGGCACACGUGCUCGCCAACUUCCAGUCCGUGUUUGGCGUCCCAUCGGUGCUCAAGGGCAAGGGCGUGGCAGCGCAACGCGUGGCUCAGGCCAUGAGUCAGCUGAUGAGGGAACAGAAGUCACAUGUGGUGCCGGUGGAGCAUCCUAGCGUUGACAUGAUGGUGCUGAUCGAUAGACAGGUUGACAUGUUCACCCCAGCGUGCACACAAUUGACUUACGAGGGGCUGUUAGACGAGCUCCUGCAGGUGGCGAACGGAGCAGUGGAGGUGGAGCCUGCAGUCAUGGGAGUGACAUCUAACGCCAAGAAGAUCAAAGUGCCCCUCAACUCCAAUGACAAGCUUUUUCAGGACCUUAGAGGCCGCAACUUUGGAGUGGCGGCUGAGCUGCUCCGAGCCAAGGCAGUGGAGAUGAAGUCGGAGUAUGCAAAUCUGAGGCAGAGGCCCCAGAGAGACGCAUCACCGCUGCGUUCUGCUGCAGCCGGGGAAGAUGGAACGGCCGCUGCUGCUGCUGGUGGUAGUGGUGGUGAACAGACUGUAUCGGAGCUCAAGGACUUUGUUAAGAAGCUCAAUGUGCUUCCCGAGCUCACUCGCCACACCAACCUAGCGCAGCACAUAUCCCAGUUCACCAACCGCCCGGCCUUCGGCACCUUGAUUUCCACCGAGCAGUCCAUCCUGGAAGCACGCUCCAUCGACUCGGUGUGUGAGUACAUAGAGGACGCCAUGUCGCAGAGACAUCCCAUGUCCACUGUGCUGCGGCUCCUUUGCCUUCUCUCCCUCACCAACGGCGGCAUUCCCAAGGCGCGAUUCGACCACCUGAGGAAGGAGUUCCUGCAGGCCUACGGUUUCCUUCAAGUGUUUACACUUGACAACUUUGAGCGAGCCAGCCUUAUCAAGCGACAGGAGGGCCGCAGUAAUUGGGCAGCAGUAAAGCGGGGCCUCAAGCUGAUAGUGGAUGACGACGAUGACGCCAACCCCAGGGACGUUGCUUUCACGUUCUCUGGCUAUGCCCCUCUGAGCGUGCGCCUGCUGCAGCAAGCCGUGCAGCCGGGGGGGUGGAAAUCACUAGAUGAAGCCACAAAGGCGGCCACAGGACCGACGUUUGAGUGGGAGCAAUCUCAUGACGGCACCAGCCAUCGAGACGUCACGGACCGGAGCCUCUCCUCUGCUGCAAGUCGCAGGGGGCCAUCUGAAGCCGUUCCUCGCCUGGUGGCAGUCGUGUUCCUGGGAGGGGUCACCUUCGCCGAGAUUGCUGCUCUGCGCUUCCUGUCCCGCCAGGAUGCAUCAAUCACGAGUUUUCUCAUCAUUGCAACCAAUAUCGUUUCUGGCAACUCCCUCCUCCAACCACUUAUUGAAACCAUUUAAUGCACAGUGGUGUGGUUGAUACGACAAUGUCAAACUUUUAUGCUGACAUAUCUCCUCAAACACUGUAGUACACCUUGUCCCUGAUAAUUUCACAACAGAGUUUCACACCUUAUGGGCAUUACCCCUUCAGUUGGCUAAUUUUGAGGGU